UCUCUCUCCAAAUUCCUUCUCUCUCUCUCCACACGCAUACAAAGACUACUCUUUUUCUCUCUGAUCUCUAAAAAAGCAAACCAAACCAAAAGCAAAAGCAAAGCAUCAACACUGACAGUAGAGCUUACAAAAUACAUUACACGUAGAUAUAUACAUAAAUAUGCAUAUUUCAGGUUUCUCGCUCUGAGUCUGCAGGAUUUGGUGGUUGUUAUUGUGAUUUUGUGUCUGCGCCUGCGUGUUGUUUGGAGGACCGAAACGGAGAAGAUGAUAGACUUCGCUCGAGUUCAAAAAGAGCUUCAAGAAUGCACCAGAGACAUGGAGGCAUCUGGCAUCAGAGUCAGCCCCGAAGGCGACACUCUCGCUCGUCUCAUCGGAACCAUCCCUGGCCCCAUCGGUACCCCCUACGAAGGCGGCACCUUCCAAAUCGAUAUCUCACUCCCAGAUGGGUACCCUUUUGAGCCUCCCAAGAUGCAGUUUGCAACCAAAGUUUGGCACCCUAAUAUCAGCAGUCAAAGUGGAGCAAUUUGCCUGGACAUCUUAAAAGACCAAUGGAGUCCAGCAUUGACUUUGAAGACCGCUCUUCUGUCUGUACAAGCACUACUCUCUGCACCAGAACCUGAUGACCCUCAAGAUGCUGUGGUAGCACAACAGUAUCUUAGAGACUAUCAAACUUUUGUCGGCACAGCUCGCUACUGGACUGAAACUUUUGCCAAAGCAUCAUCUCUGGGAGUUGAAGAAAAGGUGCAAAAACUUGUGGAGAUGGGAUUCACUGAAGCACUCGUGAGAAGUGCUCUGGAAGCAGUUGGUGGUGAUGAAAACUUAGCUCUUGAAAAGCUUUGCUCUGGCUAGAGUGUGCACUAGCUGUUAACUUUUCUGCUAAGAAGUGAGAGCUUUCAGACCAUCCCCCAUGAGAGGUGGAAAUUAUACAGACAGUUCUUUAAGUUGGAAUAGCUUAAGCUUUUAGUCUUUAAUUAAUUUCUCGUGCAUUCCUUUUUUUUUUUUUGAAUGACAUCAUUUCUUAUGAUGUAACUGAAUUGAUAUUACUAUGACCAUAUUGGCAAGCAACUUCUGCCAUGAGGUUGGAAUCUGAAGUUGCCCCAAACUA